UCCUCGGCCAAUAUGGCGAACAAGGCCUGACCGUAAACAGACGCGCGAACAAAUUUACAACGUUUUAGAACGGAUGCUGUAUAUUUGUACUCAAGAGUGAGACAAUAUGAAGAUCCAGGGUUGUGUGGCAAUAGUAACAGGAGGAGCACAGGGGAUUGGAGAAAAAAUUUGCCGAGCUCUGCUGGAGAAAGAAUGCAAAGUUGCCAUAUUGGAUUUAAAUCAUGAUAAAGGCCUUCAAUUACAAGAGAGUUUAGAAAGACAGUAUGGAUCAGGAAAAGUGAUCUUCAUUAGGUGCGAUGUUUCAUCAAAGUCUCAAAUGAAAGACUCCUUCAAGAAGACAAAAGAGGUGUUUGGUCAGAUCAAUAUUGUCUGUAAUAAUGCUGGUAUAUCAUCAAAAAAUGAAGAGCAGGAGGAAGAAUGGGAUAAAGAAGUUGAUGUGAACUUGAAGAGUGUAAUUCAUGGAACUUUUCUUGGUGUUCAUCACAUGAGUCGGAUGCGUGGAGGAAUGGGUGGUGUUGUUAUCAAUGUGGCAUCAAUGGCAGACUUUAUGAGACAGAAGGAGUGAGAGUAAAUUGUAUCUGUCCAAGCUAUACAGAAACAGAUUUGUUUUGGUCCUCAUUUAAUGAAAAGCGAGCCAAAGAAACUCCAAACUUUCAAACAGUUUUAAGAUAUGGACUAAUCAGGCCUGAAGUUAUUGCCACAGGAGUUAUACAGCUGAUUGAGAAGGACAGUACUAAUGCAGCAGUGAUGAUGGUGACUAAAAACAGAGGAAUUGAGAUCAUGAGACCAAGGGGAUCAAGAAUAUCAAAACUAUGAAUUGUUAAUUAUUAUGGAGAUGAUUUAAUCUUAAAUGAGACAAAAAAAGAACAAAAAAAAAAAUUAGCUUAAUCCAUUAGUUUUGAAAAAAGAUAGUUGAGAGGGAGGAUACCAAUGUGAGAGGUGUUUAUAAUUUUUUUUCCAAAGUACAAAUCCAUUUUUGAUUGUUUUUCAGAGCUUUGUUGAAGAUAUUUUAUUAAGUACGUAUUUUGCUAAAUAAUAAGUGAUCUAGCAAUCAGUUAAUGUGAAUUGUUUACUCAUGGUCAUUUGAUAAGUCUGUCAAUUAGUCCAUCAAGGAAGCACAGUAUGGUCUAAUUGAUCUGAGAGCUAAUUGAUUAAUCAAUUGAGUGGACAGUGAAUCAAUGAGACAAUGAAUCAAUUAAUUAAUCAAUCAGUAAAUUAACCAAUCAGAAAAUCAAUCUAACAAUCAAUCAGUCCACCGAUCAAUAAAUUAAGCUGUCAAUCAUCCAAUCAGUUGAUUAAUCACAUUUUUUGCCGCUUCCGUCAACUUACGAAGCUUAACUAAAAAAAUAUAUUUUUGAUACUUUUCAUAACGGUGAAAAUUCACAAAUAUGUUGGCUAUGGGGAAGAAAAAACCCUGUGGGAAUUGUAGCCCUCUCUUAUUAGCAAGUAAUCAUAGAGGGAAGAUAAAAAUUUUUUAAGCCCAGGUUUGCCAACGUACAAUUUACCCGAAUCGUGGUUUUAAUAUGUAUAAUUUAUGAAAAAAAGGCCUCCAUUUGUCGCGAAAAUCUGCGCAGACCCCUAUCCUGGGACACUUAUGUUUUGAUAAUCGAACAAAUGAUGUUCAAGGACAACUAUUAAAACAUAGUUUACUUACGCUAUUUUAGAAUUAAAUGCUUACUAAGAGCCACGAUGGAUUUUCCCAGCGUGGGCGUGGGAUGUUGCCUGUUCUGUCGUCUUUUUGUACGUUUUUAUAAA